AAGACUAGCAGAGACGGAGAGAGAGAGACUCGGUGUACAUACAGUGGAAAGGCCGCAGUGCCAGCGUGAGUUUUUUUGUGUGUGCAAUCCUUGUGCAAUAAUGUGCAACAGACAUCGGCGGCAUUGCGCCCGCGUUUGUGCACAUUAGCGCUCCGUUUCCGACCGGGAAGGACUCCCUCCUCCUCCUCCUCCUCCUCCUCCUCCUCCCUUUUUUUUUAUUCCUCUUGACUUCUGAAAAAAAAAAGUCCCAUCGAGGAGUGAGGUCAGCAGCGUAGCAUGAGUCAACCUUGGGGAUGUAUGCAGUCAUCAACGCGGGGCUGCUGCUGUUAUUGUGCGGGGCCUGCCGCUUGCUGGACGCACGGAGCUGCGUGUGGUGUGGUGCGUGUUUGUGUGCGUGUGUGGUGCGAUCCUGCAGCUUUCAUGACAAACACAGGUGUUGCCCAUGAAUGAGAAAAACAACACGCAGACUUCUUCAGAUCUCCUCAGCCCAGGCCGGCGACCUCCGAGUGGGUCACCAAGAUUUCUGACUCUGCGGCCUCUCAGAUUGACGUCAAUGUAGUUUCACAGCUGAUUUUUAUUUUUUAUUUUUUGGAUUUGUACGUUCAGCUGUGACACCCUCAAGUGGAGCAUUUAUAGCUGGUUUUGGUUGGGAGUGUUCACCUGGCUCGGCUUAUUCAUGCCCGUCAUGAGCGUGCCAACCCAGCAGAAACCCAACGCCAAAAGAACAGGCAAGCGCAUCACGUUUUUCAACGAGCAAAGCAUAGCGAUGAAGGAGGCUUCCCAGCUCCCCGAGGGGUCCUACUACGUCCCCGGCGGCACCGCCUCAGACCCCGGACAGAGCGAAGCUGCAAGCACCGUGACCUCCAAUCCGGAGGGUCCUCACAUGUUCCUCAACUCUGUCAUAUUCAGCCCGGAUAAAGGUGACCAGAGCAGGGGUCAUUAUCAGCAGACUGUGCCUAUGAAGUGGGCCCACCAGGAGCCCAGUCAACAACAGCAGCAGCAGCAGCCAUCGCUGUCCCAGCAGCAGAGAGCUGCGUCCUGGAAUACUAUGACUAACUGGGGGCAAAACAUUGCUAAUUACAUCGGAGGAGUUAACGUAACAGACUCAAGGACCCAGAACGCAUUCGCAAAGUCGAUGCAUGAGACUUCUGGCUUACAGCCACACCAACAGCCUCCUAACAGAGCUGCAGACAAGCUGCCUCUGGGGCCUAACACUGCAGCUGAAGCGUACAGGGAUGUGGUUAAAGCUCGUGGACUGGAUUGGGAGCAGCAGCAGCAGCAGGCCUUUCAGGAGACGUUAAAACCCGGGGCACUGAACACCCAGCAGCACAGCACAUCCCAUCCAGGAGGAAGCUCGGUCUUGCAACCCUUCCAGUUGGCUUUUGGUCAGCCCAAGCAGCACCUGCCAGCCUACUACCAGGCCUUUCAAGGCAACAGGACAACCCUACCCAAUCCACCCAUCUACUCGACGCAAGCGAAACAACCGCCGCACCAGAUGCAGCAGCUGCAGAAGCAAGAGCAAAUCCAACGCCAGCAACAUCACAUCAUCCAGCAGCAAAUUCAGCAGCAGCACCAUCAACAAAUGCAGCAGCAACAAAUCAUACAGCAUCAACAGCAUGUACAGCAACAGCUGCAGCAGCAGCAGCAGCAACAAAUACAACACGAGCAGCAGCAGCAGCAACAAAAGAUACAGCAGCAGCAACAGCAGCAGCUCCAAAUUCAGCAGCAAAUGCAACAUCAGCAGUUGCAACAACAAAACCCUCAUGUGCUUGACUAUUACCCCGGUGCACAAAAUGCGCACCCUCACCCACAUCCACUGCCUGUGGUGGUACACUCCCAGGAGUCCUCUGCUCCAGCUCCCCCAAAGAUCCAGGAACCAAUUAUCCAGGACAUCACCCCAGAACCCCAGCAGCCUUCCGACCCGCUACAGCCCCCUCUCCAGUCUGAGCCUCUGUCCCAGUCGCUACCCCAGACGCAGCUCCAGUCCCAAACGCAGCUCCGGAGAUCGCGACGGCUCUCCAAGGAAGGAGGGGCGCCGUCUGACAACCCCUUUCUCGCCGUCUCUUCGGAUCAGGCCGCCACGGGGCCGCAGGGUUCCCAGAACGGGGCCCGUGACAUCACGGCAGCACCGACGGGCGUCAUCCAGAGCACACGCAGGAAACGCAGGGUGUCCCAGGAGGUCAACCUGGAGACCCUUGCUCAGAAGGCGUCGGAAAUGGAGUCCCUACCAUCGCAUGUUCUAAAGGAACCCCGCAGGCCAUGGAGUCCCACCGACCCGGAGGUCAGCCUGAACGCCAAGCGGCCACGAGACGACAACCUCGUUCCGCUCGUCAUCCCCGUGUCUGUUCCGGUGCGAAGGCACGAGCCGUCCUCUCCCGACAGAGAUGAAGCGGCCCUGGCCUCCAGCUGGCCGCUCAGGCACUCGAACGCCCCGGACCUCGGCCGAGCCGAUCACAAGCCCUCGGUCAUCGUCACCCGGAGACGCUCGCUCAGGAACUCCUUGUCGGAGAGCUCAGAACAGAAUGGAGGAACCGAAGGAGAGAAAGACGACGACGGCAAAAAGUCCAAACGCCGUCCCCGGCCCGAGCCUCUUUUCAUCCCUCCACCCAAACCCGGUUUAUUCAUCGCACCUCCCGUCUACUCUAGCAUCACGCCCUACCAGAGCCACCUACGCUCCCCCGUCCGCCUCGUCGACAACCCCCUCACCAUACCCCCCUACACGCCUCCGCCGAUCCUCAGCCCCGUCCGCGAGGGCUCCGGCCUUUACUUCUCCACUUUCCUGUCGUCCGCCGCGGCCGCCGCAGCCAGCGGGCAGGGCCUGCCGCCUCCCGCGACACCCAAGUCUGCGACACGGAGCCUGCUGCGCUCCAACAGCUGCGACAUCACACCACCAGUCCUCUCUGCUAUGAGCGAGGCCACUCCAGUCAGCAUAGAGCCACGGAUAAAUAUUGGGUCGCGGUACCAGGCGGAGGUGCCAGAGCUGAGGCAGCGGUCAGCUGUCGAGCUGGAUCACCAUCGAGCCGAGCUGGUCUGGACACCGCUGACUGAACUGGAGGAAAAACCUGACUUCCAGCAGAAAGUGGAAGACCUCAUGCACCUGGCCUGCUCCAGCGUUUUCUGUGGAGGAGGCACCAACCAGGAGCUUGCACACCAUUGUUUGUACGAGUGCAAAGGGGACAUAAUGGCUGCGCUGUCGCUCCUGAUGCUGAGGAAUCCAAUUUUCCCCAAGUCUCAUCACCUGGCAAACUACCACUACUCAGGUUCAGACAGCUGGACUGCAGCUGAGAGACGCCAGUUCAACAAAGGAAUCACCGCGUACAAGAAGGACUUCUUCAUGGUGCAGAAACAGGUGGCCACUAAGUCAGUGGCGCAGUGUGUGGAGUUUUACUACACGUACAAGAAACACGUCAAGAUCGGCCGGAACGGGACGCUGACCUACGGAGAGGCGGAGCCCCUGGAGAGCCGGACGACCGAGGAGGAGACGGACCACAAGGGUUCUCACAGGUUGGAGCCGCAGCCACAGGAGGAGGACAGCAGGAAGUGGGAAGGGUCAGCUGACAGGAAACCGGAAGUCGGCCCCACCAGGGUGACACACACGCAGUCCACGGACAACCCUGGGACCGUCCUGAUCAUGAAAAGCCAGGACGACAUAGGGAGAGAUCUCCCGCUGUCUCGGGUCAUCCAAGCCCCUCAUCCACCCCCUCCCAGCUCCAAACCACGCUACGACGGCAACGCACGCAGGACCAGCCCUUCAACAGGCAACAAAGGCACGGCCGGUCAGGAGGGAGAGUUCCCCUGCAAGAAAUGUGGCAGGGUUUUCUACAAGGUGAAGAGCCGCAGCGCUCACAUGAAGAGCCACGCCGAGCAGGAGAAGAAGGCCGCGGCGCUGCGCCAGAGGGAGGCCGAGGAGCGAGCGGCGGCGAAAGCGGCAGCCGAGGCCGCCGCCCUCCUCGCGGCGCGUCAGCAGAACGGGACGCGGCAGCCGGGCGGGGACAGCACCAACGACGACUCGUCGGAAGGAGAGGACGACGACGACGAGGACUGGCAGUGAGAGAGAGAAAAAAAGGGACGCACACACUGACUGCUCCGCGCAGCGUGGACGGAGACGAACCCCUCCUGUGAACUUUGUGUAUAUUCUGUGGAACAAAGAAGACUUCCGUUGCUCGGCACAUUCAGGGACAGAUUUACUCCCGUGUAUGUGUUUGUGAAUGUGUGGACUGAGUGUGUGUGUGUGUGUGUGACAAUGAGUGUGUGUGCUUUCCAAAAACUCACAGACGCCCCCUUUACUCUGCUUGAAAAGCUUUUUUUUCAGGAGUUACCUCUCUUGGUCACAGGGCUCGGUCAAAUCAAAGCCAUGCCGCCUCUCUGGGGCGCUGUCCCCCUCUCCACGCCUUCCUCAGCACUUCAAGUCUCCUUCGACAGACGUGGAACUUGAUGGACUCUUCUUCUCUCUCUUUCUGUUCCUGUACUUUGUUUUAUUUCCUUCGCAGCACGCUGCUCGCAAAAGCUGCGUUCCCAACUGGACGAUACGAACGCUGAAAUCUCGACAGCUGGGGGAAACGCGGCGGGGCGAGGCGAUGCUGUUAGCUCCUCUGCUUCUCUACGACGGACAGAUGGACGGACGGACGGACGGAUGGACGGACGGAUGGCAUGUGCAAACUGUUGCCUUUUGUUUCGCCGCUCUUCUGCAUUCAAGGCCGCCAAAAAAGCUUUCUCGGACGCAUGUCGUGCACCGAACUCUCUGCGCGAGCGAUGUUCGUUUGGGCUUCAGUUCUGUGAAUCGCAUCAUCACUUUCUACACACCACGGUUUGUUCCUCACUGUCGAUGCCUUGGAUGUUUUGAUGCUUUUUAUCUAGAAAUGACAAUCAAUUUUACACUGUUGUUUUCUUUUUUUAGAAAUAUAAAUAUAUAUAUGCAGGUAAACGUUACUUUUCUCUGCCUGUGUAGCUCUAUAUGGUUAUUGUUGUUUUGUGAAUAUUCUCGUUGAUGAUUAUUAUUAAUAUUGUUAUUAUAUUCUGGUUUUGGCUGCAAUUUAAUUGAGCGCUUUUCUCCGUACGUGUCUAUAGCUUCUUCUUCUUCUUCUUCUUCUUUUUAUUUAAACAAGAAACAAAAUAAUGCUACUUGCUGCCUGUUUAUAACUGUGAGGUUUUAUUUUAUUUUAUUUUUUUUAUUUUUUGGAAGCCAGAAAUGAAGAAAAAGGCAGAAAACGUUACGUGCAAUAGAAGAAGUUGUUGACCCCCCCAACCCCACCGCCAUCCCUUGUUACCAGAGCGUCCCUCACCCACGCCACCGCCGCCUCACCCCUCUCUCUAAGUGACUGACUGCUCUGGAUGCCUCUGUAUCUGAUAGGAGGGACUGUUCUGACUGUCUGACUGUUCAAACCACAAGUCUCUGUAGAUACACAUAACGGAGAGGGGGAACAACAACAACAACGAACGGCGCAAACUGAUUCAUAUUCUGGGAACAUAUCAACCAUCACGACGUGCAAUUUUUUUCCCCCUUUUCCUCUGAUAAAAAACUGAAGAAUGUGACUCAGAUUUUGCAAAUUUCGAGCGUCGAACAUCAUCGUUUUCUUUCUAGAACCACAUAUCAUCAUCACACACAUUUCAGACAGAGUUUACUUCAGACUGUUGUUGUUGUUUACUAACGGGCAAUAAGAGAAACAGGCGCGUCGUUUACUGUAAAUCAUCCCUGACCCGGAUUUUCAAGCGAGAUUAUGAACGCUGACACGAGAUAAACAUCUGCUAACACGCUUCCUCCAUCGAGUCCCGACGUUCGAUUCUCAAACUUUGCAGCUCGUAUUGCACUUUUUUAUUUUUUCACGCUCACUGUUUUGCUGCCGUUAGCUGAUUCUAAACCUGAAAAAUUACAAUAACGGAUGUUUGAAGCGUCUCAGCGUCUGUGUGGGGUCAGGGCAGCAUGACACAAAUGCAAAAGGGGAGACCAGCCACUCACGUAAUGCAAAAAAAACGUGCAGAUAUUGUGACGUUUAAACGCAUAUUUGACUGUUUUAAGAACUAAUUGAGGCGGACGGAUCACCUCUGAGCUCGCGUGUAUCUACGGACGACUCUGUCUUCUGUUUACCUUGUUGCCGACGGCAGGCUCGGCUCGAAUUUGGACUAUGGCAACGGCGUGUUUUUGAUCCGCCUGUCUGUCUGUCUAUCUAUCUAUCUCUACAUAUCUCUACUAUGUUAAGCCCUUCUUUUUUUUUUCGGCACCGGAGCCAGUUUCUGUUGCCGCGGCAACAGAUGGGUUAAAGGGUUUUUUCCUUUUUCUUUUAAAAAAAGGACAAACCACAGCAUGGACGGGAAGGGAGGGAGGAACGGCUCCAGUUACCAGUUACUCCACAAGUUAAACCUGGGUCUAUGCACAGACUGUGUGUGUGUGUGUGAGAGAGAGUGUUAGAAAUGUGUGUGUGUGUGUGCGCUCUGAUGUCAAAUGUUAAACUGUACGCCAGUCAAAGGGGGGGGCAAAGGUUUUUGCAGACUGUUCACAUGUUUGGUAUGUUAAUUUAUAUAUUUCCUUUUUAUUUGUGCUUGUCUUGAGGUUCUCACGGGCGGGCCGGGCAGAUUUAAUGUUGUUGUUGUUGAUGUUGUUGUUGUCCACGAUAAGGUUUUCAAGCUGUUUUAAAGAAGAAGAAGAAAAAAAAAGAUGAAUUUGAGAUGAAAUCAAGGCCACGACACAAACAAACACACAGCUGUACAUUUUUCUUUCUUUCCGGUUGGUUAAGGGAAUUUUAAAGGGGACAAAAAGGUUUAUUUAGCUAAAGAUUAGAAAAUAUAUAUGAAUGAAAUUCUAUGUUUGCAUACUUUCUAUGCUAUUUUCAUAUGGGGUUCACACUAAUGAUGAAAAACGGAAAGGAAUCUCAAGUGCUUUUUACUACAGUGUAACUUAUUUGUUUCGAUUUGAUUUUUACCACCUGUGUUUUUAGUAAUGAUUUACGAAGCACUGUAUAUUAAAGUUUUAAAAUAUUCAUGAA